CUAAGUUACUCUAACUAGUAUUUACGCACAUUUAGGCUUCAUAUGGACGCAAAUUCUUCACUCAAUCUCUCAUCUUCCCAUAUUGUUUAGUUUCUACACAAAGUUCUCAAACUAUUAUUUCUGCUUCAUACUUUUAACCAUUCUUGUUCAAGAUUUUGAGGAUAUAUAUCUGAUUUUUAUCUUGGAAACCCUUCUUCUGAAUUCAUAUUUUUCUCUUGAGCAUAAUCCAUUGUCUGGAGUAGGUAUUUUAUCAGACAAAAUGGGUGAUGAUCAUGUGUUGGAAGCGAUGGAAGCAAUGGAUUUUGACAAGCAUCCAUCAGGAAUCGUCCCAAUUAUUCAGAAUAUUGUUUCGUCUGUCAAUUUGGAUUGUAAGUUGAAUCUUCGAGAAAUAGCACAGAAAGCGCGAAACACAGAAUAUAAUCCUAAGCGUUUUACGGCAGUGAUGAUGAGGAUCAAAGAACCCAAAACAACAGCAUUGAUUUUCGCUUCCGGGAAGAUAGUUUGCACAGGGGCGAAAACCGAGCAACAAUCCAAACUUGCCGCCAAGAAGUAUGCCCGAAUCAUCCAAAAGCUCGGUUUCCCAGCAAAAUUCAAGAAUUUUCAAAUUCAAAACAUUGUGGGUUCUUGCGAUGUCAAGUUCGCAAUCAGACUUGAGUUGUUGAGUGUAAGUACCCAUGGAGUCUUUGCAAGCUAUGAACCAGAACUAUUUCCAGGCCUGAUAUACAGAAUGAUGAAUCCCAAGACUGUGCUUCUGGUUUUUGCAUCCGGAAAGAUAGUCAUCGCAGGAGCAAAGGUGAAAGAUGAAGUUUAUGCAGCUUUUGAGAAGUUUUUCCCUGUGCUUACACAAUACAGGAGAAAGUAGACAUGAUUUUCAAUCAAGAAGCUUGGAAGAAAGUGCAAACAGGAAGGUUAUUUGGAAGAAUUCUUGGAAAUUUUGUUUUUACUGUAUUGUAAUCUUUGUGUUACAUGGAUCCCAAUUAUAGCACGUUGUAAUAUAAUAGGAAUAUUUGUUUUUUGGCA